AUGCGAGUGGUACCGUUUGAUGACUUUGAAUUGAACCUAGAAGAAGUGAAUUUCCCUGAAGAAGAUCCUAUACCCGAAGACAAUAUCUUCUUAUUUGCUAUGCUAUCGAUAUUCGGUGGAAGUGUACUACUAAUAGUGAUGAGUAAGUUGCAUUUGCUUUGUAAAAAAUUUUAAAAAACAGUUGCAUUUUUAUCUAUCCUUUGCUGAUUUUGGCAAAAUAAAAUUAAGUUUACGGGUAGGGGUCUAACUCUACAAGAUCCUCUCUAACCUGUAUAUCAAAAAGAAACGUUAUUCAAAGUUUUCCCAGCCGAUUUUUAUACCAAAGUCUUUAUAUAAUCAAGCGUCAUAUUUAAAAGUAAUUUCGUCACUUGGGACAAUAUAGUUCAUUAACAUCUACGUAUUCAGCGGCAAUACAAAGGGGUUGUUUUCUUCGAAAGAAACCAUACCGUUUUUUCUAAAAAUCCCGUUUUUGGCAUGAUUAAUGUGUUCUAGAACUUUUGUGUUGAAGUAUCUUUUUCACAAUGAAAUUUUGGUACAACUAACUUCUUUAUAACAAAAAUUUGGUAUAACGAACACUUUGCAAACCUCGAUGUGUUUACAUAGCUUUAAGGCAGAAAAGAUUAGAGCGGGUCGGCUUGCGACGGUCUGGCCCGGUUGCAUUGAGUUUCUUUGGUCACGCCCGGCUACAUAUGUAAAUUUGGGCAAGAAAGAGGCCAGACUAGGUUUAAGAAAUCUCAAUUCAAUUUUAUGUAUAAUAAACUCUUCUAUAACGAAACUUUAUGUAAAACGAGCAAAUUUUAAAUCAAUAUCUAUCACUGCACACUCUAUUCUAAACUUCUGUAUUCGGAAGCUUGUUUAUUACAAACAAAUUUACGAUUUUUGAGUAAUUUUACACAGGAUUUUUUUAUACAGGAGUUUCACUGUAUAAUACUUCAAAUUCAAAGUUAUAAAUCAAAAAAAAAACCUUUUUUUAUUUUUUUUAGUAGCCGCAAUUUACUUCUGCUUCCGAUCCGUCUGCCAACAGUUGCUAUGUUUACCAUCGGAAACCGGCCAAGUUGAAACGGAAUGCCAAGUAAUUGAACGACCACCAACUCCGCGGCCCGAAAGUUUUCGACGAAAUUCGGCCCAGGCACAUUAUCGAAUUUUGAUCCAGAAAAAGUUUGAAAAAGAGUUUGGCAAAAUCCAAUCGUACAUGGGACCAGGAAGGGAGCAUCUACUGGUCGAUGGUGACAUUGGCGACAUUGUUUGA